ACAGCAGAUGAUGGUUUCAAUGCAUAGUGGAGAGCAAGGCUGGAGUAGUAUUCAUGGUAUUGGCAAUUGCCUCAAACAAAGCUGGGAUUCAUAAGUCCACCUCCAUCCCUCGCUGCAGUAACAUCUCGCUAUCCAUGGCUAUGUAUGGAGUUGACCAGAUGCACUGCUCUGUGCUGGAGUGAUACGGAGCAGCCAAGCUGCAUACGUGUUGGGGAGAACUGCAAUUGUCUUCGCUGAGGGUGACACUCUGCUUGCUUCCUCCAGCCCAGGACUCCUCGAGUACUCUGCUUACUGACUAUUCCCUCUCGCUCAGGUUAAGGGGUUUCAGGGCUUAUGGCUCUGCUGCUGGCCAUGCUGAGUCUAGAGGGUAGGAGUGUGCUGGCAGAUUUCUUUCCCGGGGUACAGGAUCCUAACACCACCUUCUAUUUAUAUAGCAUCUUUUAUCCAGAAAGAUGGCAAAGCAUUUUACAGAUCGACUGGCCUUAGCUGGAACUGACUCAGGGAAAGAGCACCACCUACUGAACUGACAACACUACUUCUUGCAGCCCCUGGGUUUACCUUGGAGUCUCCUAUGCAACAGCUACACGCUUGGCUUUUGUGAUACUGCAAGAUGAGUGCACAGUCUGGCUCAGCUGCAUACUGAUCCCAUGUAACUGGUUGUGCAGAGAAAGGGAGGUGAAUAGAUGGCACUGGGAUCUCCUCACAGGGUAUGGUUCAACAGUGACUUCUGUCUGCCCUUCUGCAAAUACAGCCCGGGAAGGCUGGGUCUUUCUGCUGCCCCUGAUUCCGUGCAGAGUUCCUGGACUGCCUCAUCGUUGGCAGACACUGUUAUUUUCUAAAAGCUGUGCGCUAGCUCAGAGAGGAAUGAAGUCUGGGAAGUCCUAUGGCCUGUGUUACACGGGAGAUCAGACUGCAUGAUCAAUGGUCCCUUCUGGCUUUGGAAUCUAUGCAUCUGAGACAUACUAUGGCAAGAGAAAAGCUUGUUUUGAUUUGAGCUGGGGCCUCUGGGACCUGCCUUUCUGACUUCCUACAGCCUCUAGCUAGGCACUGACUCCCUAGACGUUUGCUUAAGAACAAGUAUCCUGUCUCCUUCUGGUUCCCAGAGAGUGCUGCUGUGCACUCGGGGGGCAGCUUGUCUGUUUUUUCUAAUCUAGCAUCCCACAACUGACACAGUUGUCUUCACGUUGUGCUGGGAGACUGUCUUUAACUUCGAUAAAAAAGUUAUGAAUCUGUUUUCAGCAACUCCCUCAGGGCAGGAGGCUUCUCACAUCCUUUGGUUUCCCAGUCAGCCACACUUAGCAUGUGAUUCCCAGAUAGCUGGCUGGCCCAGUGGGAGUCAGCAUUCUCAGAAGUGCUUUUCAGAACAGCUCCUAUGGGACUGGAGAGAGGGACACUGGGCCGCAGGCAAGCUCAGGAAAUAAGGCUUUAUCAAAUGAAGCCACCAGCAUCAUCUGAGAACUCUGCCUCAUCUCUCCCAGCAUUUGGGACAUGGAGGUUUUCCCACCUCCUUCUCCCAGGGACCCUGCGCCUUGGUGAUUUUUCCUCAAGGGAAGACGGUUGAACACAGCUCCCCUCUGCUACAGCCUGUCAGUACCACUCUGCAUCAGCCAGAGCCACCCAGAUGAUGCAAGGCGCUCCCUCCUCCGAGGGUGGAGCAUGCGGCCUUCACAGUACUCCAGAGACUUGCACUCAGAGCCCUGCAUUGGGCUGCCUCAAUAGCACUGGGCAAACCAAUGACUUGUGGUCUCUUUCAUCCGGGAACAGCUUUGUUACUGCAACUUGAAGUCUGUAACUGAGAGGGGAAGUCUGGUCUUCUCCAAAGCAGGCUUUUUUUGCCUCGACCCUCUACUUUAGGAGUAGGGAACUGCACUGACUCUAGCACUGUUAUAUACAUCAGAAGCCUCUCAUCCACAUAGAAAACAAAUAGCCCUGUUCCUAAUUUGCACUUCAGUAGUGUUCUCCAGUUUCAAUCCCAGAGCACUGUGGGGAAACAUUAAUCCCUGUGGGGGGCCAAAUAUCAUUAUCCCCUUUUGUGGGAACUGAGGCCCAGUGUCUUCCCCAAGUGGCAGAGCCAGCAAAAGAAACCAGGAGUUGGGACCCCCAGUCUCCUGCUCUAACCACUAGAUCACACUCUCCACCAACAGCUGGGAACAGGAGUCCUGACUCCCAGUCCCCUGCUCUAACCACUAGACCUCUCUCUAUGCUAAUACUAGGGUGGGGAAUGUGAUAUUAAACAGAUUCUUGUCAACAUUUUUUUAUGCUUGCAUAUUUCAUUAGACUCUCCAGAUGAGGAGACUUGGGGAAAUAAAAAUAAUAACAGUCCAGAGAGUUUUGAGUUGAGAAACUUGGACAAAUUGAUUUGGCUGAAAUUGCCAAAAACUCCAUCUGUUUUCCCUUAAUGAUUUCACAAGGAAGCUGAGAGAAACCCGCCCUUGUGAAGCAAACAGGCCUUGGCAGAUCCAGCCACAGCACCCCAUCAAGCAUUUGAUCCCUCUUCUCCAAAGGGGCCUGGAAAUAAACAUCUUGAGCACAGCAAGCAGAUGGAGAAGUCAAAGGAAACCAUGGAGUCACAGCUGGGUCUUGAAGACAACAGGAGCUGUGGUUCUCAUCAUGUCUGGAAACCAGGCUAUUCAGAACUGCAUCACAAAGCUGGGUGCCUCUGAGAGGCUCCAUAUACACCAGGUUGCUGCUGCCUGUUGGAAGUGGCUUCCAGUCUCGACUACCAUUUCACCUGUGCAGAAAGCAAUCACGGUAACUGCACGUUGGGCUAUGCCCUCUGCCGCCCGCAGACCAACGCCAGUCUCCUCUUUAAAACACUCCACCCUGGAGUGCUUACAUCCCAGCCACCUGCCCUCUGUUGGAGAGGUCUAGAUUGGAUUCCUCCACUAGGAGUUCGUCCGCACUGCUCAGACUGGCUGGAAGAGGGGCAGCUGGUUCGAGCACCCUUCUGGGGCAGAGCAGUGAAAGGCUGGGGGUGCCAUCUGGCAUGACAGUGCAAAGCCCCACUAGGUACCACGAUCAGCAGGAUGUGACCAGCAACUUCCUGAGUGCCAUGUGGCUCAUCUCCAUCACGUUCCUCUCCAUUGGCUAUGGUGACAUGGUGCCUCACACAUACUGUGGGAAAGGCAUCUGCCUCCUCACCGGCAUCAUGGGGGCUGGCUGCACCGCCCUGGUGGUGGCCGUGGUGGCCAGGAAACUGGAGCUCACCAAAGCCGAGAAACAUGUGCACAACUUCAUGAUGGACACACAGCUGACGAAGCGGAUCAAGAAUGCUGCAGCCAACGUCCUUCGGGAAACAUGGCUUAUCUACAAACACACAAAGCUGCUAAAGAAGAUUGAUCAUGCCAAAGUCAGGAAGCAUCAGAGAAAGUUCCUUCAAGCCAUUCACCAGCUGCGCAGUGUGAAGAUGGAGCAGAGGAAGCUGAGUGACCAGGCCAACACACUGGUUGACCUUUCCAAGAUGCAGAACGUUAUGUAUGACCUGAUCACAGAGCUCAAUGACCGGAGUGAGGACUUGGAGAAGCAGAUUGGCAGCCUGGAGUCCAAACUGGAGCAGCUCACCACUAGCUUCAACUCUCUUCCCCUGCUCAUCGCAGAAACCCUGCGCCACCAGCAGCAGCAGCUCCUCGCAGCUGUUAUUGAGGCUCGUGGCAUCAGUAUGGCAGGGGGCACCCCGCAGACGCCCCUGUCCGACAGUCCGAUUGGGGUCAGCUCCACCUCCUUCCCAACCCCUUACACAAGUUCAAGCAGCUGCUAAAUUGCAGACCGAGCCCCCAAGCCCUAUGAAGACAGAUAAGAAGAGCUACUUGUAGGUCUUCAGAGUCAAGUCAACUUUCUUCCGGCCCUCUGGCCGCCACAGAAACACCCAGGCCAAGCCAAUGCUGAAAGCAUGACUGAACUAAUGCCGAGGUUAGCUCAGAGCCCUCGGAUUUCAACAACGCCUUGGAACCAGAAAUCCAGUCUCUGUUUCGGUGCCUCUACACGUGAUGAGAAGGAAGCGGAUGUGAGGGGAAGCCUCUGGCAAGGCCUUUGCUGCAGUGUUUGGUGGAGGACAGAAAUCCACACUCAAUCUCAGGUCUUCAAAUAGGGGAAAAAAAAAAAAAAAAGUCCAAAGCACUGAAGCAAUGGAGCUGUACCAGAGGGAGAGUACUCCACAGCGUGGGCUAUGAGCCAUGGGCAAAGGGGCUGCUUAUCUCCAGGGCCUUCCUUCAUCCCCAUUCCUCCCAGCCCUGUUCGUUACGUGUCUUGCCAAGGAAGAGUGGGGGAGGAGGACAAUUAAUUUCCCAAGACUGCUCUCCCUUUGCCUCCUGCACCUCGCACAGCCCCAUUGGGGAGCUGCCACUAUCACGCCUUCUUGCACAGGCUCUGAGGUCAAGGGCCAAUUGCCACCCUAUCCCCUGCCAAAACACUGCCACAUACACACAUUUCCAAUUUGGGGAGGGUGUUUCGUUCACUCUAUUCUGAGUCUCUUCAGAGUCCAUAUUCUGCCUGAAGCCACGUGCUGGAGUGCAGUGUUCAGGUGUUGUGCACAGCAUCUGGGGCAUGCUGGCUUUGUAUGGGUUUUUAUUGCAUUACAGGACGGUUGCAGGGAGAUGUACAAUGAGGCCCUGAUGAAACACACUGCAAGUCAAUCCAACACUGAUUGUUUAAAAAUGCACUGCCACUCAUAGAAUCAUAGAAUAUCAGGGUUGGAAGGGACUUCAGGAGGUAUCUAGUCCAACCCCCUGCUCAAAGCAGGACCAAACCCCAACUAAAUCACCCCACUUAGGGCUUUGUCAAGCCAUGACUCCAGUAGAGCCAUGCGAGGCAUCCACGUUCCACCCUGAGUCAGCGGGGCAGGGAGGGCUGAAGAAGCAGUGCGCUUAGUCAAUGGUCAGGAAGGGCUUUGUGGAAUGGAACCAGAUGGUUCCUCCUGGAGCUGCAUCCAGUCCUGUUUGACUGGCGCAAGGGUCACUGCACUGCAGGGCUUUCAAGGGGGCACCCUGGAUUCCUCUUGAAAACCCCUCUGACAAGUAGAAAAAGUUGUAUGGUGGAUCUUGAAUUACCUGCAUCACCCACAAACCAGGGCCACUAUUUAUAGUCUUGACAAAUAAUCCAGUACCUCUCCAAUCCAGAUACUCUUUGAAGAGACUUCAGAACUGAAAGGUGAAACACCAAGGGCCAAUCAGAGAGAGGGUCUUAAAUUGUGACAUUAAUUUAAAAAUUCUCCCCCCUGCCUUCCCCUUGGCUGACAACAAUGACAUUCUACUAGCUCAAACACUGCUGUGACCUAACCAGGAGGUUGCUUUAAUGGGGAGAAACAGAAAAGAAUGUUGAUUAGGACACUUCAUCAGUUUAAAACAGAAGACUCAUUAAUUGCAGUGAUUCUGUUGAGUCUUGAUAGAUAGCAGCAGAACCACCCCGGGGUAAAUGAUGCAAUGCCUGGCUUCGCAGGCAGCUAGACAGAUAUCCACACUACUGGGUGCUGCCCUUUAUGGCUAUCUGGUGGUGGAGCUGCCUUCAACAGCAAUGGUCAGGAGUGGAGCUGGACGGGCAAGUUACUGCCACUGGCGGUGGGAGAGUCCAUGAGAGAGAGAUGACUAAUCCUUGCUGGUUGUCACCAUGGGCCUGGACACCUUCCAGCUUCCCCUUGGGACUAAAACGUUCCCCUCUCCCUCUGACUUUCACUUCUUUAAAAACUCUUUGUUCAGCCCCAGCUCCUGCCUUUGUUGUUUUAAUGCCUUGUCUGGUCUUUAUUCAGAGUUUUGCAGGCAGCCGCAAGGUGCUGGCUUGCUUUCUUAGAACUCCGGGGAUGGUGUUGGCUGCUCUCAAUGAACACUCAGCAGAGGAUAUUUAUAUAUUUUUAAACAGAUGAAGUAACCAUGUAAUUACUCUGUGAUAUUAAUUACACAUCACCCAGCGGUGUCUGCUAA